AUGGAUUUGUUGUGUUUCGGGGACAACCUGGACCGCGUCGCGUGCUUCGAGAAGAAGCAGCUCUUUGAUAAUCUUCAGAAGGUCUACAGUAGGCUCGGCCGACGCUUCCAGCACGUGGAGAUCGACGUGUCGACUGGGACGAUCUCUUGGGACAAGUGCGGGCCGUGGCGUCAGCAGCCUCCUGGCGACGAAUCCGUCGCUGUGACCGUCGCCCUCAAGGCUAGGGCCACGAAGUCGAGCUCCGACAAGAUCAUCGAGAUCACCAAGCAGCAGUUGCUUGGAGACGAGGGGCCGUUCUCCCUGAUCAACGCCUUCAGCCUGAAGCAGUGCGCGCUUCAGUCAGAGUCAAGCGGGGAGACGUACGUGCUGUACUCCUUGGCUCCGGGCCUCCGGAAGGUUUUGCAGCCUCGCCCGAGCGAUGAGGAGGGGGCCACGACGCUCGCAAUGGUGAAGAAAUCUGGCACGCAGGUGGAGUUGGAGAAACGGGCGAGCAAGGCGAAGGCACAGCCAGUCGGGGUGAAAACGCUUCAGUCGUCACCACGCCCUGCAGCGAAGGCCCAGCCAGCCACGCCGAAGCCCGAGUCGCCCCCUUCAAAGGUUAAAAGCAAGGCUGCAUCACCUUCCCCAGCCGCUACCGCCCAGCUGAGCCCGCCGAAAGCCGCCGUGCAGUCUCCUGCCACAGCGGAGGAGGAGACUCCGUCGCCACCUGAGGAAGCCAAGUGA